CGCACGCCUUCACCAAUACUUGUGCGAAACAUACAGCCGUGCGAUUUUCUGCAACGCCACCUGCAAAUCGCCAAAACCGUCUCCCAGUGAGGGCGAACCAGGUGCAUUUGACUGCCCAACACAGUCUUUGACAAGACAACACACCGCGUGCUUCGGUGAGGACCUUCCGCACAUUCACGCACACGGCGCCAACAGCAGCAGCAACAGCGACUACCCGGCCAGCAAAGCCAGUGUCAUGUCCGGAUACGAGGAGUGGAUCCUUGCCUGCGAGGAGCGUGAUGGCAUCCGCUUCAGCUGGAACGUCCUCCCCACCAGCCGCGUGGAGGCCACCAAGAUGGUGGUGCCCGUGGGAGCGCUGUUCACGCCGUUGAAGGAGCGGACGGAUCUGCCGCCAAUCAUGUAUGAGCCUGUGCAGUGCACGGGCUGCCAGGCCAUCCUCAACCCGCUCUGCCCCGUCGACUUCCAGACAAAGACCCCAUAUUGGGUGUGUGCCAUCUGUACCCACCGCAACGCGUUCCCGCGCCAGUACCAGGGCAUCUCGCCACAGAACCUGCCCGCCGAGCUCGUCCCACAGUUCUCAACCAUCGAAUACACCCUCCAGCGGCAAGCGACGGUGCCGCCGGUGUUUCUGUAUGUGGUUGACCUGUGCCUGGACGAGCAGGACCUGGCUGCCCUCAAGGACUCCCUGGUCAUGUCGCUGAGCCUGCUGCCCCAGAACGCGCUCGUCGGGCUCAUCACCUUUGGCAACCACGUGCAGCUGCAUGAGCUGACAACGGACGGGUGCAGCAAGAGCUAUGUCUUCCGCGGCACCAAGGAGGUCAAGACGAAACAGCUCAAGGAGCAGCUUGGCCUCACGCUUGGCGGCGGCGCAGCACACCCGCAGCAACAACAGCAGCAGCAGCAGCAACAGCAGGGCGGUGCGCCGGCUAACAGUGCCAGCCGGUUCCUGCAGCCUGUCUCGGAGUGCGACAUGACGCUGACAGACCUGCUGGAGGAACUGCAGGUUGACCCGUGGAUUGUUGCAGAGGGAAAGCGCCCGCUCAGGUCCACGGGCACAGCGCUGAGCGUUGCGGUGAGCCUGAUGGAGGCGACAUACCCGAACACGGCUGGACGCGUGAUGCUGUUCCUUGGCGGGCAAGCAACGCAGGGGCCCGGCCAAAUCACGACCGACGAGUUUAAGGACACCAUCCGCACCCACCACGACAUUGAGAAGGACAACGCAUCGGCCAAGUUUGUCAAGAAGGCAACAAAGUACUACGAAGGGCUUGCGCGCCGCACAGCGAAGAACGGGCACAUUGUGGAUGUGUACGCGUGUGCGUUUGACCAGACGGGCCUCAUGGAGCUCAAAUACUUUGCACAGUACACAGGGGGCAAUGUGGUGAUGGGCGAUUCCUUCGAUACGUCUCUGUUCCGGCAGACGUUCCAGCGCGUGUUUGGAAAGGACGCCCGCGGCGACUUUAACAUGGACUUCAACGCAACACUCGAAGUCAAGACACCACCGCAGAUCAAGGUGUGCGGCCUCAUUGGUCCCUGCAUCUCCGCCGAGAAGAAGUCUGGGCGAGUCUCUGACCAGGAGGUUGGUGUUGGCAACACGACGGCGUGGAAGAUUCCCGGCCUGACCAACACGACGACGCUCGGCGCCUACUUUGAGGUGGCCACCCCGCACGGCCAGUCCAUCCCCCAGGGGCAGCGCGCUAACAUCCAGUUUAUCACCCAGUAUCAGCACCCGAACGGCCAGAUGCGGAUGCGGGUGACGACGGUUGCGCGCAACUGGGCGGACGCAGCGAUCAACCUCCCCAGCAUCGCGGCGGGAUUCGACCAGGAGGCGUCUGCGGUGCUGAUGGCGCGGAUUGCGGCGUUCAAGGCGGAGCAGGAGGACCCCGCCGACGUCCUGCGAUGGGUCGACAGGAUGCUCAUUCGCCUCUGCCAGAAAUUUGGUGACUACCGGAAGGACGAUCCAAGCUCGUUCCGCCUGCAACAAAACUUCACGCUGUACCCACAGUUUAUGUUCCACCUGCGGCGCUCGCAGUUCCUUCAGGUUGUGAACAGCAGUCCGGACGAGACGUCCUACUUCCGCAACAUGCUCAUCCGUGAAGACUGCCUCAACUCGCUGACCAUGAUCCAGCCCACACUCACGGCGUACGCGUUUGGCAUGGAGCCCCAGCCCGUCCUCCUCGACAGCAGCAGCAUCCAACCGGACCGUAUUCUGCUGCUGGACUCGUUCUUCCACAUUGUCAUCUUCCACGGCGAGACCAUUGCCGCGUGGCGCAACGCAAAGUACCAGGACAUGGAGGAGCACGAGAACUUCCGCCAGCUGCUGCAGGCGCCACGUGAAGACGCCCAGGAGAUUCUUGCAUCACGCUUUCCGCUUCCGCGCUACGUUGACUGCGAUCAGGGCAGCUCGCAGGCCCGCUUCCUCCUCUCAAAGGUCAACCCUUCGCAGACACACAACACAUUCAACACGGGCCAGGAUGGUGGCGGUGUGCCGGUGAUCACGGACGACGUGAGCCUGCAGGUGUUUAUGGAGCAUCUCAAGAAGCUCGCCGUCUCCAGCUCAUCGUAGCCAACACACACACACACACACGCACACACACACACACACACACAUCUCCCCCAUCUUGCCCGACUACCUUUGAUCAGCGCUGCAAACCACUGCUGUGUGUCCGCUUCAUCUGUUUUUUGCUUCUUUUUUUGCGUUUCUUUUGGUUCGUGUGCGCGUGUGUUAUGUCGUGCUGUGCCUUUUGCAUCGUGUUGUUUGUGCUGGUUGUGACCCCUUCCAUCCAUGGUUGUUUUAUGGCUCCUCUCAUGCUCCAUGGUGUUAGGCCGUGCGUGAUUGGUCGAUGGGCUGUUUUGUUUGUUCGUGUGUUGGGGUGUGUGCAUGCGCAGCGUGUGUUUGCCGGGCUGUGGUGGUUGGUGCAACGAGGUUACAUGGCAUGACACAUUGCUGUUGCUGCACACACACGCCCCUCUUCCUUCUUGCAAACGCGCAAUAGACAUGCAAGCAGUGAAACAGAGAG